GGCGGACAUUUAAAAUCCUGUGUCUCGGUAAAACCAAUUAUUUAAACCAUUACAAUCCAGGAAGUUGUUGAUUCUUCCGGGGUCAGCAGUCACAAGAUUGCUCUAUUUCAACAUUUAUUCUCGCUCAAAGACUGAAACUGCAUCACUCCUUUCUAAGUUGAAGAUGAAGAGGCUAGCAGUACAAGUGCUGGUCGCUGUCCUCCUGUUUGUCUCGCUUUCCCUGUCCCAGGAAGACGGUGAGAAACGCCCCAGCUACAUCGUAGUGGACAAACAAAUCAACGUCAGGGAAAUCAUCCGACUAGGAGGGGGGCGGGUCCAAGAUCAGAAUGGUGUUGAGGAGUUUGAGGCCCCAGAAGAAGCUGGAUCCUCCCAGGGAGCAUCGGUCUCUUCGCUGUUCUCAAUGCUGGCCAACGCUGCUAAAUUAAGGAAGAUAAAAAAUAUGCUGCCGUUGUCUGGAAUUCAAGUCCUUGAUGCCGCAGACGAUGACACCGGAAAGGCCAUAAAUUGUGGACCAGAAGGAUCACACAUAAACGUGACCUGGAAACCCAAAGUAAUCGACCCACAAAAAUAUGUUCAAAUUUAUCUGGACAUUGUCGAUCCCAUUGACUUCGACAAGGGUAAGGCCCAUGUAGAUGUAUACAUGGAAGACAGUCCGGACCCUAUUUUCUCCGUGGACCAAGAUAUGGCUUGCGCCGACAUUCAGAAAGCAGUUGGAAAAAUCUUCACUUGUCCAAUCAAAAAAGGAGGUCAUCAAUCAUUUUCUUUCCAAUACAAAGACCUGACCAAACUACCAACCGGAAGCUAUACUAUAGUAUUGAAGAUCUUCAGCUAUGCUGCCAACCCCAACCCCCUGUUUGCCUGUUUGAAUGUGACCCUUCAGAUCAAGCCUUCAUUUAAACAGGCUCUUCACCCACUUCCACAAACCAUUGUCUAAAAUUGACAUUGUUAAUUCUCCACAGAGGACAAUUUCAUGAGGGAAAAAAACAUGUAUUUUAAUACAUUCUAACAUUUUUUAGAGUUAGCAUGUCAGUAUGCUUUCAUUGUAAAUUUAUUUUGUGAUUGCUGUACAUGUAAAAUGUUAAGUACAUGCAGAGUCGAGAAUAGAUGUAGAAUAAAGCAUCAACAUCACCAACAGAGAUUUUCAGGGCUUUGUACAUGUAUUGCCCUGUUAUUCACAUGUUCACAUAUCUGUAUGUACCUUGUAAUCAUUAAAUUCCAAAUGUUGGAUGCCUUCAAAAGAAUCUAUGCAUAAUAAUUCAUGUAAUUACUGAUGUCUUCUUCAUUGUCUUAUACCCAUAUAGCCUUCAUUUCAUUUUAUUUUGCAUUUAAGACAGAGAUGUAAAUAAAUUUUAAUUAAAAAAAAAUCAACUCAGUUUCCACAAACAAAUACAUGUACCUAACUGUAUUCAAUAAUUUAGUGCAAAGCUGAGUUAUAUAGCUUCAUUUUUUUAAAAAGAGAAAAUUAAUUUUAAUUUAUUCAUAUUCAUGUUUAAAUGAUGCAUAUCCAAGAGGAAAUAAACACAUUUUAGUGUUUGGCGAAGGUACACUUUAUAGGGUCUGAUGAAAUCCAUUAAAAAUUCAGUGUUCAAAUGCAUUCAAGUAUUUCCUGUGUAAGUCCCAUUUAUUUGUAAUGUCUGAUUUCUAGAACCACUCAUUUUAGAAUGUGUUGCAUUGCUUUCUUCCAUCGUAUCAAUUUUCUUUGUUGUUUUUUUUUUCAUUUUGUACAUUUUCCUCAUCAUAAUUGUACAUUUUAAUUAUUUUGUUUUAAAAUAAAAUUCAGUUGUUUCAUUUAU